ACAUCUUCUGAUUUAGGGAUGUCAGUACCUUAACUGACUUGCUAGUUAAAUACACAUUGUUAUCACGUUUUAACAAAAUACGCAAACAGGUUCUCUGGGAGAGUAACAAACUGUAUGGGCGGUGUUACUUGUCGAGUUUUGAAACUGUACAGUUGUCAUGUGAUCAAAGUCUCCGGUUGUAAGCACAGCGCGCAAAGAGCGCAGUUGAGUGUGCUUACUUGGACACAGAGCAAACAGCGACAGCAAGGACUUCCCAUACGCUACCAACUACUUGAGGGAACGCGUAAAAUGAACAAUUUAUCUCAGAAUGUUGGAUGUUGCUUUUUAUUCUAACGUAUGCGGAUGUACAAUUAAUUUAGCACUUAAAUGACAAAACUCUUUUCCAAUCCGUUUCCAUCCUCAAAAAACGUAAUUUGAAUAGUUAUCUAAAGGGGAAAAAGGUUUAGUUUUAGUUUAUGAUGGAGUCCAAGGAAAGUAAGAUAUCUGUGUGGGUUUGCCGAGAGGAGAAGCUUGUCUCCGGACUGUCAAAGCGCACCACCUGUGCAGAUGUGGUCAAUGUGCUCCUAGAGGAUCAAAACUUGCAACAAUGUGUCUCUGUAGCCAUGCUCUCGGGAUCACCCCAGUCCUAUUGCAUCGUAGAAAAAUGGAGAGGAUCUGAGAGAAUUUUGCCCAAUAAAACGAAGAUCCUUCGACUUUGGGGCGCGUGGGGAGAGGAGCAGGAGAACGUGCGGUUUGUGUUGGUUAAAAAUGAGGCUUCUUUGGCUAACCAUGGACCCCGGAGCGCAGAGGCCCGUGUGGUGCUCAGCAAGGAGAGCCCGUGCAUUUACAAGGGGACAGCAAGAGCCACCAUGGGCUUCUCACCCGAGAAACAACGUCGGAUUGUUAGGAAAGCUUUCAGAAAGUUGGAUAAAAUAAAUAAAAAGAAGGCGCAAACCGUGUCCAAGGAUGCGCCCACUGGGGAGAAAAUUGAAACUUUGGUUCACCUGGUCAUAUCCCAGGACCACACAAUCCGCCAACAGAUCCAGAGAAUUAAAGAACUGGACAGAGAGAUAGAAAUGUAUGAAGCUAAAGUUCAUUUUGACAGGAUGAAAAUGCAUGGGAUCAAUUACGUGCAGGACACAUACUUAGUGGGCGCGCAUUCUGACGGGCUCUCCAAGCAGGAGGGUGAGAAGCCGUGCUCGGCGGAGGCUGUUGCCCAGUUCGAGGAGUAUGCCCAACGGUGUGAGGAGGUGAUUCGACUUCAGGAUGAAUUGGCUGAGCACGAAGCGCUCAUGGACAGCAUUACUGUGGAGAUCCAAGAGGAACUGAAUCAGAGGUGGAUGAAGCGAAGGCAAGAGGAGCUGUCAAGUAAAGAGGUGAAACCCAGUGCGGGAGAGACCGCUAUGUGGGUAUCAGCAGCCCAUGCGACACACACAGACACUUUAGCCCUCGAGGCUGACACAUCAUCCGAUAACGAUUUGCUUCUGGAGGAGGAGAGGAUCAAAACGCAGCUGGAUACUAGUUUAUACAUUGGACUGCGCUUGAACACGGAUUUGGAGGCUAUUAGGAAUGAUUUGAAUGUAACCCAGGAUAUUUGGGGGGCGAAAGAAAAGGAGAUACGGGAUUUGCUGGAGAAAGUGAACUCAUUGUAUAUAGAGGAUGACGAGAAACCAAGCGAGGACAAUGACUGCAACUCUGUGGUUACUGAGGCAGCAAUGAUGCGUCCCCUGGAGACGAAAAGCGAGUGGGUGGAGCAAGCCAGGGGGCUUUCAAAGACAUGCGAUGCCAACGAUGACGACUCAGACACUGGCCUGAGCUCCAUGCACAGUCAGGACUCGGAUAACCCGCCUGUGUGCGAGUCAUUGGUAUAAAUUGCCAGGAUGCUUCAAAUUCUAUUGACAAUUAUGGGACCUAAUUACUGUCUGUCUAAAAACUCAGGGAUCUGACAUAGAGUAUAUCCCCACAAUGAACAACACAAUACAAUGUAUUAAAAAAUGUCCCAAAAUGUAUUGACUAAUAUGUAGCUUACAGAAUCAAAAUACUCGGUCACUUAUAUAUAUAAGCACUUAUAGCUAUUCACAUAUUUUGCUGCCUUUUCUCUAUAAAAAACAACAACUUUGACAUGUGUCAGGAUAAGACACAACUCAGUGUUAUUGGUCAGAUUAUUAUUGGUUAAUUAAUAAGGGAUGGAAGUCUUUGUGGUUUGCAAGACUUAACAGACUUAAAAUAGACCAUGCUAAAUGUAACACUGCACACGUGCUAAUUCUGGUUGGAAUGUGAUUUUGUGGACACACUGAUGAGUCUUAAAUAUGAAGGGUGUAUGAUAUACUAAAAUAAACAUA